UGAAAUCGUCUGGAAGCUGCGAGAACCGUAAUGCGAAACGAGGCUGUUUCCUAUCACGGGGUAUCUCGCAGGUGCCUGGUACUGUUUGCCCUCGUCAACCAGGGCGCCGCACUCGUCUUUUAAAUAUACAUCUCACUGCCGGUGCUCCGUGGAAUCGAUACACUGUCACCAUGCCUCAUUUCCACCACAAGCGACGUCAUUCCUGGCCAUACAGCGGUUCGACCAAGGACCUGAACGAGCGCAACCUGCCCGUGAUCACGGUCACGGGACCUGCCGAUGAAUUCGAAGGCCAGUUUCUGACCCCAGUCGAAUCGAACGAAUGGUUCGAGGACGACGCCGCAUCUGCUGGGAUCGUUCGCACCCAGCCGACGCAUUCACACCGACUAUGGCAUCACACCAAAGACAAGCCGGAGACCAACCGAACCACCACCGGUACGGUAUCGCUGCGUAAGAUGAUGCAGCCACCACUUGAUAGAGCCCGCUCGCUUUUCGUUUUGCCCUCAACGUCUGCGAAGGAAACGGUAUCGCUCCCAGACUGGGUCCAGAAACUCUCUGCCCAUCCCAUAAACACCAAGGAGAGGGGAAGACCCCGAGAUGACACUCGAGACCGCCUGAUGAUUGAGAAGAAUCAUAGACGCUGCCACUCGGAGCGGCCGCGUUCCUGGAAGCGACCAAGCGAGGAUUUGUGGACAUUGCUGGAGGAAUAAUUCGGGUCAUCCUGUUGCCUGCAUUUUCAUGGUGUUGCAUCAUUGGUAUUUUUGUAUCGUUCUUUGAUUAUGUUUCCAUAGAGCAUAAUCCUGGCGUACGGACUGGAAACUGCAUGUGUUGUUCAGAUGUAUUGCUCAUCUGUUGUCCAUUUUUUUGCUUGUUUGCAUUAUUAUCGAAAGAUUGCAUGGUUGGGCUAAAGGACGUUGUCAGUAUGUUUCAAUGAAAAUGCCUUCUCCUGCCACC